AUGGCCCUUCUUUUGACAGCUAUUCUUCAUAUGGUCCUCAUGUCAACAGAAUUCGUCAUAGGGAUUAUAGUCAAUGGAUUUCUUAUAAUCAUGAGCUGUAAUGACUUGAUCAAAAGCAGAAGGCUAAUUCUAUUACAAAUCCUCUUACUAUGUAUAGGAAUAUCAAGAUUUGGCCUGCAGAUAAUCUUAAUAGUACAAAGUUUGUACUCUGUGUUCUUUCCACUUGCUUAUCAGGCAAAUAUUUAUGGGGCAAAGAUGAUGUUUUUUUGGAUGUUUUUUAAUUCUCUCAGUCUCUGGUUUGCCACCAGCCUUUCUAUAUUUUACUGCCUCAAGAUUGCAACCUUCACUCAUUCCUGUUUUCUUUGGCUGAAAUUCAGGAUUUCGAAGCUUAUCCUCUGGCUGCUCCUAGUCAGCUUGCUGGCCUCUUUGAGCACUGCAGCGGUAUGUACUAAGGUAGAAUUACCUAAAAUCGACUAUGCUGAUUUCUUCACAAACACCACACUAAAGAGUGCUACAGCCAAGAUAAAAAACAACAAUGAAUUGCUUCUUGUCAACUUGGCAUUAAUCCUUCCUCUCUUCAUAUUCGUGAUGUGCACUUGCAUGUUAUUCAUCUCUCUUUACAAGCAUACUCACCGGAUACAAAAUGGACCUCAUGGUUUUCCCAAUGCCCAGAGAGAAGCCCAUAUAAAUGCAUUAAGAACAGUGAUAACAUUCUUUUGCUUCUUUAUUUCUUAUUUUGCUGCCUUCAUGACAAAUAUGACAUUUCAAAUCUCUUACAGAAGUCAGCAGUUCUUUGUGGUGAAGGACAUAAUGGCAGCAUACCCUGCGGGCCAUUCGAUUAUAAUCAUCCUGAGUAACUCUAAGCUCCAGCAAUCAUUCAGGAGAAUUCUCUUCCUCAAAAGGAAAUGA